UGAUUGUGAAAGUGAUAGCAGUUUUUUUUUCUUCACUCAUGAGCGUGUUUUAGGGCAAAUCAAACUCCAGAGGAAGAAGAUUCAUCAAAAAAGAGCGAAAGUUUAAUUUGUGGGGUUUUCUUUACGUUUUUCUUUCUUGAAGAAUCUGAGAAAAAAACAGUAAAUGCAAGAUGAAUAUCUUCAGGUUGACCGGGGAUAUGAGCCAUCUUCUCAGCAUCAUCAUUUUGCUUUUGAAAAUACGCACAAUGAAAUCCUGUUCAGGCAUAUCACUUAAAACGCAAGAGCUUUAUGUUAUUGUGUUUGCUACAAGGUAUCUUGACAUCUUCACAAACUAUAUAUCCUUGUACAACACGAUUAUGAAGCUUGUAUUCCUGGGAACAUCGAUUGGCAUCGUUUGGUACAUGAGGUAUCAUAAAGUGGUUAAACAGACAUACAACAAGGAUCAGGAUACCUUUAGACACUAUUUCCUUGUCCCACCUUGUUUUUUGCUGGCACUUCUGAUCCACCGUGCUUUCACAGUAACUGAGGUGUUAUGGACAUUCUCAUUGUACCUUGAAGCAGUUGCAAUUCUACCUCAGUUAGUGCUGCUACAAAGAUCUAGGAACAUAGACAACUUAACUGGAAACUAUGUCUUUUUUCUUGGGGCAUAUCGAUUGUUAUAUUUGCUCAACUGGAUUUAUCGUUUCUUCACAGAGAGUCACCGGACUCGCUGGAUACCUUGGCUCUCGGGCCUGGUUCAGACUGCUCUCUAUGCUGAUUUCUUUUAUUACUAUCUCAAGAGGUAUGUGGUUUGUGGGUCAUAUGGGAGCCGAAUGUGGUUCAAAAAGAUUCUUGUGUUUUAA